AUGGCAAAGCCGCGGCUGAUUAUUCUCAUCCGCCAUGCUCAAUCCGAGGGCAACAAGAACCGCGAGAUACACCAGACAAUCCCCGAUCACCGCGUUAAGCUCACGCAAGAUGGCUGGGCCCAGGCCCACGAGGCCGGUCGCCGCCUGCGCAAGCUGCUCCGCCCAGACGACACCCUUCACUUCUUCACCUCGCCGUAUCGUCGCACACGAGAGACCACAGAGGGCAUCUUGGCCACUUUGACGUCCGACGACCCCGAACCCUCGCCCUACCGUCGGUCCAGCAUCAAGGUCUACGAGGAGCCUCGUCUACGAGAGCAGGACUUUGGCAACUUCCAGCCAUGCAGCACCGAGAUGGAGCGCAUGUGGCAGGAGAGGGCGGACUACGGCCACUUCUUCUACCGCAUCCCCGACGGAGAGAGUGCUGCGGAUGCCUACGAUCGGGUUAGCGGCUUCAACGAGAGCCUGUGGCGCCAGUUUGGCGAGGACGACUUUGCCAGCGUGUGUGUCCUAGUCACUCACGGCCUCAUGUCUCGUGUCUUCCUCAUGAAGUGGUAUCACUUCUCUGUCGAAUAUUUUGAGGACCUUCGAAACAUUAACCAUUGCGAGUUUCUCAUCAUGCGCAAGCAAGACAAUGGAAAGUACAAUCUGGAGAACAAGCUUCGCACUUGGUCCGAGCUACGAAGGGAGCGAACACAGGCUAUCCAGGACAAGGAAAAAGACGGCGAAGACAAGAAUGGUGACGGCACCAAGAAUGGCGAGGGCUCCAAGGAUGCCAAGGAUGCCAAGGAUGAUUUCAAGCUGCAACAUACUCAGAGCUUCGUUGCCGUUCGCCGGUGGGGAGGCUGCCCGAAUGGUUGCAACCACGCCGCUCAUUACAGUAGCCAUCAGAGGGCAGCACAUGUGCCGCGGCACGAGGAAAAAGGCUCUGCCACGAAUCUUGCCAUGAGGAGACAGCAACGCCAUGUAUCGAACAGCUCUGAUGAGGGCGACAGUGAAGAACCCCCGAAAGAAUCCAAGAAGAAGGUUAACAUCGAAGCGGCUCGGGCAUUUGACGAGAUCGUUUCCUCUCCCGACGGCACGCCGUCCUUCAUCACCGCGGAGGAUCGCAUACGCCACAUCAAGUAUCUGCACGUUGGACGGGAUGCCGGCGGGACGUACUCAGGCCACCCCUCGAUUGCGGGUAGUGACACCGAGGCAUCGGACGAUGAGAACAUUCGUCGCACCCGUAUGGCGUCCCUGGAUUCUCGAAUCAAAUCUGGCAGUGCACUAGCUAACCGCCUUGGAGAUGAGCCUGGGCCAGAUGCCAGCGCUGCGGACCAUGAGCCCGAGGCAGAGGAUCUAGAUGAGGUUGAAAGAGAGGACAAAAGUAUUAGAGGAAGCGUAUACUAA